AUCUUAUUAGUUACGGUAUCUCAGAAACUAUAAAAUUUACAUAAUAGAAUAUCUUAAAUGAAAUUCUACAAAUUCGAAAUUGAAACUAGUUCGAAUUAACUUUUGGGUUUUUCUUUGUUAUUGAUUUAUUUGAACAAUCGUCAUCUUAAUAAUUAGAAGAAGUUUAUAUAUAAUAUUUCCAGUCUCUAAGUUGAAUGCUCUCAAGACAAAUUUUUAAUGUGUUAUAGGAAAAACGCACAGUUUACCCACACUAAGGUUUUUUUAUCAAAACUUGUUUUGAUUGUAUAGAUGACGUCCAACCACAGUCAUUUUAUGCUUAAUCGAAGAGGAGGCCCAGUAGUUUGUCUCAAGAUCUCUAUUUAUACAGUCGUAGUUAAUGUGUUAAUAAUUUCCUAGUCAUCAACAAAUUAACUAUAUUUUCGAGUCUUGGGUGUAUUGUAAAAGUGUUAUAUCUUUAAAAUAUUAAUUUAUGUAGGCAAAUAAACUGAUUAAAAUGAAAUACUUAAUGAGUGUUUUGAAUGUGAUGGUAAUGAUUGGCGAGAUUUUGACAGAUAAUAAUGUUUCAAAGAAUUCAAUCGGGUUUCCAGAGAUUGAGGAAAAUAACAACUUAAAAAAUAAAGAUAACCGACAACCGGUAUUCAUGCCAGCGACGUGUCCUCCAAACGAACUUUAUUACCCUGGUGACCAGAAAGAUGAUUGGAUCUGUGAUUGCAGACCAGCAUUCCUCUAUCAUCCACAGUCGGACUCGUGUUGGUCAGCUUUCCAACGAGGUCCCUGCGCAGUCAACGAAUACCUGAUUCUGCCGAAAGACUCUGUCAUUCCAAUUUGCGUGAAGAACCCCUGCGGAGCUGAUACUUACGUUAUAUUCAAUGGGAAAUGUGAAAUGCUGGGUUCGAUAUCAGCUUGUGCUCAUUUAUAUCCCAUAGUCGCAGCGGUCGGCGUAAAUGCGACGACAUUAGAAAUCGAUUGUGUCAAACUCAAUUUGGAGUCAAGAUUUGGUGAGGGUCAGCCGGUACCGACUGUUGAUCGGCUGGGGAAUUGCCAGCCUGGCUCUAAAAGCAGUGUCAAUAGGAAGUGUGACAAAAUUAAAAUUUAAACAUUUUCGUAAAUAUAAAAAUACCUUUUCAUUACCAACCCUAACGAACAAAACAUAAUUUUUGUGACUAUAUUUACAUUUUGUCAUUGAUUUAGAGGUUUUUUUAUCCUUUUGGACAAGUCAGCCCCAUCAUAACAUAUUUUUUAUUUAUUCAAAAUUAAACUAUUAUUUGUCAAUAUUAUUCUAAAGUAUGUUUACUUAUGGUUCUUAAAUAUUUAAGUAAUUGAGAUAAUUUUUAUAUUCUGUCAUAUUCCAAACUAUAUAUCCGCAAAUAUAUGCUAACAUAGUAAAAAUAUUUAUGCUAAUCGAUUCUAUUUGGUGUGGGGAACGCAAUACUAUGGGACUAUAAAAUAUGAGUGCUGGAAAUUACAGAAAUCAUAUAAAACUACUUGAUAUAUUCGUUAUUACCAAGAGAUUAUAUUUUUACUGGGAGCCGUUAGUUAGUCCGUUAGUUCCAGUUUUUCCUUUUUGGUACUAAAACCUAAAGCGGUUUAAACAGCUGGUCGGAGAUGACAUAUGAAAUAAAAGAAUCUUAAUAAAAUUGACGUGAGAUUUUUUCAAUAAAACUGACUUCAGAAGUCAAAAGUUGGUUUCAUCAACUUCUUAUAUCAUCAGUUAGUAGUAGUUUUUAAUUGUAGAUGCUUAUUUAAACUCAGUUUAGUUUUGUUAUUAAUUUCACGGCAGGUAGAUAAUUCUUUCCCAUAGCCAAAUUAAUGUCAUAAAAAGAUCGGUAGGAUAAAUUUUACGUGAGUUAGCAUAUACUUAUUAAAUAUAGUUAUGGCCUACAUUGGACCAUUCUUUAUUACUUUUAGAGUUAACAUCAGUCAGGGAACUAUAAGUUGCGUAAUAAACAGGUCAAUGAGUUAAUGAAAUGUACUUGCACUAAAAACGUUCGCGUUAUAGCACCACUAAAGUUCUUUGGAAACCGAUAAAGCGUCCCAUUGGUAACCAUGGUAACUAUGUGUCAGCAAGUUGAUACUAACCUUUAUUUACCAAUUAAUUCAUAUGUUUCCGAGGUGUCCGCACGUUUUUAAAUCGACAAAUAUACUCAUAUAUUUUUGUAUUAAAUGAAUCUCCUGAUAAUCACGUAGAGUAAUUUUGGUAUCUUUCGGAUAAGACCUAGAAGUUGUACGUAGAGUUGCGAUCUGUAUUAUUAUAUUAAAUGUGUUUGAACAAAGUUAAUGUUAAUUAAACAAUUGAUAAAUAAGCUGAAUUUUGGUAAGUAAUGCUUUUUGAUUUUUUUUAUCUAAACCUAUUAAUUACCUAUAAUGUAAGUAUAGGUACUCAAACUAUAGUACUUCUUUUUCUAUAUGAAACUUCUUUAAACUGUCAUUGUAACACAGUAAAAAAUUGAAACAAACAUAAUUUAACAAUAAACUAUUUAAUUGUAAGCUAACUGUUGUGUAUUUCAAAUAAUAAUUAUCUUUAACUUUUAUUUAUUCAGUAUCGUUUCUUUUACUUAUUCCUGUAAUUUACAUUAUAACUAGUAAUCUAAAUUCAUAAUCUUUUGUCAUAUAUUAAAAAGCAACGUUUUAACUAGUUAGAUUUUUUAUACUUAUUCAAUUAGUAAAAUUCAGGAUAAUCAUUAUUAAUAUUACCUUGUAGCUACUACUAAUAACAAAAAGUUAUCUUCCGAGUUUGACAAAUUUUUUAUGUUUAAUAACUUCAUUAAAUAUAAGCAGAACAUGUGGGUUAAACUUAAAGACUGACUUCAAAGAUUGACCCCCAAUAUCGAAAAACAAAACUUAAUAUAAUUGCGAAAAAACUAUUUAUGUGCCUCAAAAUAAAACAGUUCGAGCUUUCAGUUUAUUGUCUCUCAUUUGAUAUUUAAUUCUAAUUUAAUAGAGUUUUGGUAAUCUCUUAAAAAUAGCUGAAGGGAAACUUCAAGAUCGAUAUAUUAUUAAUAACCGCCAUAUGCAUAACGACGGUGUCGAGUGGCUACAAAUCGAACCGACGGCGACGCGACGGACGUCAGAAACAGAGUGAUCAAUAGUAGGUAAAGAUUCUAAACGAUUUACGGAUGAAUAAAUCAAUAUGGCACAGUUGAAGGACGUGGAUAAACAAUACCCAAAAGAUGUCGGUACACAAAUUCUAAAAUUAUUUAAAAAUUACCAUACAUACACACACGUCAGGCUACUAUAAUAUAUUUCCUGAAUUGAAUUUGAACUCUACUGACAAUCUAUUAAGGUUUAAAAUCAAGUGAAUUAAUUUUACAGAUAUGUGCAACCUGAAAUACUGUUGACUUGAAAUAUUAAUUAAUUCUGUUGAAUUGGCGAUUAAAACUUGAUGGUUAUGGGUAUUUGUAUGUAUAAUCAUAAAUUUACUUAAAGUUGAAGUCGUAUCAUAGUAAAACCAUUUUAUAUCUAAAAAUUACUAUUUACUACUACGUAGAUACUUGUU